GUUCAACCCGAUCAUCACCACCUCGCCUGCCAGUCCGUUAUAUGCUUUUGGCCCUCGCCAAGUAUUGGUAGUUGUCGCCAUGCUUAGCGGACGAACGAAACAGGUUGUCGCCUACGGACGGCGCGGGCGACGCAUAGUCAACGCGUCUGACGACCCCCGACGCUCAGAGAAUGUUGACGCAGGACUUCUCUUGCAACCCACACCCAAGAAGAACUACAUCGACGCCGAUUGGGACCUAUCUCCGGAAGUCAAGCUUGCGGCGAAGAAGCGGAAACCGCUUGAGGACCCCGGACCAUCCAUGAAGGCAUCUAAGAAGGCGGCAAUGAAAUCCAAGAAGUCACCAAAGAUUGCGAAGGUGGGCAAGGCGGAGGUGUGCGUGCCCGUGCGUCAUCCACUAGCGGUCUUUUCGUCCAACACACCUGGGUCGCCUGCCGUGCCUUCACUGGUUGUCAAGAAGAAGCGCAAGACUGCUCUCAGUAAGAACUCGCCGCUGAAGUCCUCAUCUCCCAUCGUCAAUGUCGACAUUGUCGUGCUCGACGGCGCAGGCCGACGAGUGAGCCAGGAAAGACGCAUAUCGAGGACAGAUGUACAAGUCAAUCGUGCAGACAUGGUAGUGGCAGGCGCGUCGAAAUCCAGGAAACUCUCAGCCAAACCCCGCCACUCUGACGUUUCGUCCGAUGCUAGCGAAAUCGUCGUCCCCAAACCAAAGCUGAAGAAAGGGUCUAGGACACGACCCAUUGUCAUAUCCGACGACUCUGAUACAGAAGAGGACGAUGUUCCGCUGGCCAAGAUCCCCAAGCCAGAUUUCUCUCGGGAGUCUCCUCGACAAGUCCCGCCGAAGUAUAGCACGGGCUCAUCGAAUGCUUCGCCCCCCACCCGCUUGCAUAGAAAGUCAAUACGUAACAAAUCAGCAGCUCCAAAGGCAGCCCCCACGAUAUCCGCUCUCCCGCCCCCAGCACCUGCAUUCAUCCCAUGGACGCCCAAACCGGUAAUACCCACGUAUGUCCCCCCAUCCCUGUCGCCAAUCCCCCAGCACGUUAAGACCCGCAAAGCUGGAUCAAGCCAACAAAGCCGCUCUUUCCUCGUGCCGGGGCAUUCUCCCUUUCCACACGCUGCCAAGGAGCGCAAAGUCACGCCCUACCGUGCCCAUCGCAAUGGGACCUCCCUAUUCCUCGCACCUCCGUCUCCACCAUCACCUACCACAUUCACCGACCUCGAUCUAUCCUUGGAGUUCGCCAACCUCGCGCUAUCUCCGACUUUGCGCCAGUCGGCUGAGGCUGAAGAGGUCUACGCACCUCCCCAGCCAGCGCACCUCAUCCCUCUCCUGAAGGAAUGUGCGCAGGAAACACCGCACGAGUUCUCCGCCUUCAUCGAGCUCUUUCCGCUGGACCCGAUUGUGCGCGGUGACUACCUCGACGUCCAAUCCACCCAGGGACGAGCACAGGCAAGGUUCCAGAAGAUUGGCGAGGCGUCGUACUCGGAGGUAUUCGGCAUCGGCGACGUCGUCCUGAAGGUCAUUCCGCUGCGCGACGAGGAGCAGACCUCUUCCGGGGACGAUAACGGACUAGAGUCCCCGGCACCGAGUGACGCGAAGGACGUGCUGAAGGAGAUCAUAGUCACUCGCGCGAUGGGCGAGAUAUGCCCCGGGUUCGUGAAGCUCUUGAGGACGUACGUCGUACGCGGAAAAUAUCCUUCGCUGCUACUUGAUCUCUGGGACAACUACAACGAGAAGAAGGGCAGCGAGAGCGUGAGGCCAGAUACCUUCGGCGUAUCGCAGUUGUACGCAAUCAUCGUCCUACCCAACGGUGGCCCGGACCUUGAGACGUUCACGUUCAAGGCAGCGACCAAGACAGGUUGGAAGCAGGCAUGUAGCUUGUUCUGGCAGGUCACGCGAACCUUGGCAGAGGCCGAGGGUCUCGUUCGCUUCGAGCAUCGCGACCUCCAUUGGGGUCAGAUCCUCGUGAAGACGGUUGCCAGCUCAUCGUCUGCGCACAGAGGUGCGGGCAAGAUGGCAAUGGACGAUGAGUCGCAUGGCAUAGAGGCUACUGUCAUCGACCUCGGGCUUGCGCGCAUGGAGACAUCGGACGGCGCCGAGACGCAUUGGACGCCGUUCGAGGAGGAGGUUUUUGAGGGCGAGGGCGAUUACCAGUUCGACGUGUAUCGGAUGAUGCGGGUGCACAACGGCGACUCAUGGGAGGCAUACCGCCCUCUCACGAACGUCAUGUGGCUACACUACCUCGCCUCGAAACUCCUCCAUUUCAAGCGUCUCCGGCCCCCACCCGCCGCCCGGAAGACCAGCACGCGGACCGCCGAGCUCGCGUUCUCCGAGCGCGAAUGCUACAACUGCCUCGUGGAGAUCGAAGAGCUCCUCGGGCGAUGCGCCGCAGCCUGCAAGCCCCCGCCUGUCAGCCGCAAGUCAAGGCGGAAGACCCAAGCGCCCGUGAAGACGUCUGUGAAGGCAGAUCCUUCGGGGCCGAGGUGCGCUGGGGACGUCCUCCAGCUGGCGAUAACGAAGGGAUGGGUGUAUGCUGGAUGAUAUGAUGUGUGGAACGCUAGGAAUGUCCAGUCUAGUGCAAGUUUAUCCUGUAGCAAUGGACGAUCUAAAUUAUCACGGUGUACCAUGGGGCUAUAGAGCCACAAGUGCACAAUUCUUCUUUGAAAACCAUGCAGUUCGGGAAUUAUAUCUGACAUCGAUGUAUUGUGUUCAAGUCUGCCCGACACGAUGUUGCCGACUGCAUGAACG